AUGGACCCUCGACCCUCAGCGCGCGAGCUCACGAAAUUGUCGUUGUCUCGCAACGCGCUGCGGAAGCUCCCGGGAAGUUCGCUCGCGAACUGCGCGCGAUUGAAAGAAUUAAGGCUCGCGCACAACGCGCUCAAGGCGUUGCCGCCGGAGCUGGGGACGUCGUGCGAGUGGCUGCGCGUGCUCGACGCGUCGCACAACCGAUUCGAGGACUGGGGCGACGUCGCGUGUUUGAAGGGGAUGACGCGAUUGCAACAGCUGUCGCUGCGGGGGUGCCCGCUGUCGAGGCGCGAGGGGUACGACGCGGCGGCGGUGAAGAUGUGCCCGAGUUUGCGCGCGCUGGACGGGAGGAAGGUUGGGCCGGGGGGGUGGAUCGAGAAGGAGGCGCCGCGCGAGGAGGAGGAGGAGGAGGAGGAGCGAAGGGAGGCGGCGCCGACGCCGGCGGAGGAGGGGGGGGAGGAGGACGACGACAGGCCGUCCGCCGCGCGUCGGGACGACGACGACGACGACGUGAUGAUACUGUCCUCGAAGAAAAAGAAGAAGAAGAAGGAGAAAAAGCGGGAACGACCGGACGACGACGACGACGACGACGGCGCGCCGCCGCCGCCGCCGCCGCCGCGAGAAGAGAAAAGACCAAAAAAGAAGCAGAAGAAAACCAAACGCGACGACGACGACGACGACGCGCCGCGGUCAUUCAUCGAGACCAUGCUCGCGUCCAACGUGGGUAAAGUCAGGCAGUACCAAGACGGCGGCAAAGCCGCCGCGGAACUCGCCGCCGCGGAAGAAGAGGACGACGACGAGGAAGACGACGAGGAAGUUUCGGGAGAUGGAGACGAGAAGCGACCGCCGCGGGAGCCGACGCGACCGAAGCAGACGCCGACGCGGACGGGCGUCGUCAAAAUCGUCGACGUUGUCAAAGCGUCGAAGCGGAAAAUAGGCGAGACGUUCGGGUUAGAAGCGAUCCGCGCGGCGACGUUCGGAGAGGACGCGCUCGGGGGCGGCGGCGGCGGCGGCUGGUAG